UCUUGCUUGGCAUGUCCAUUCACCAUGUGUGCAAAAAUGGUGGGUUGUUGCUUGUCUCUCUGCGAAUGCAUGAGCACUUGCUGCAUUAAAACAUGCUCUGUUUGUUGUAAAAUGGUGGGUUGUUGCUUGUAUCUCUGCGAAUGCAUGAGCACUUGCUGCAUUAAAACAUGCUCUGUUUGUUGUAAAAUGGCGGGUUGUUGCUUGUAUCUCUGUAAAUGCAUGAGCACUUGCUGCAUUAAAACAUGCUCUGUUUGUUGUAAACCGUCAGCUUGGCGACAAGUUUGCGCAUGCUAUACUUGCAUGCAGUUGCAAGAUGAUGGGGAUAGCAGCAUCUCAAUUCUUCAGGCAGUCAAACUCGCAUACCAGUUUCCGCCUCUGUUAGUUUUCAAGAAGCACAAACUUGGGAUGAAGUUUUGGAUCUGCUUGUUUCUGACAUUGCUUGGCUAUUUUCCUGGAGCGAUUUAUGCUUUCUAUGUCUUGCAUAUAGCCUCUUCAAGUGAUUCUAAGUGAAAGUACUGUUGUUUUUGCUGUUCAUCAAGGUAGAUUUCCAAGAAUUUUUCUGUGUGUGGAGCUUAAUAAUGUAAUUCAGAUUGGUGUCAAGUCUCAGGGUUUGUUU